AUGUCGCCAACUGUGAAGUUGUUUGGUCUACUUUUAAUACUUCAACUAAGCAAUUGCUGUGGAAAAAAGAAAGUGCAAAAUAAUUUCAAGUUAUCUGUCAAUUUUCAACCUUAUAAAGGCAAGUUACCAGCCAAUGGAGUUGUGCGAAUUAUUGAGUAUAUUUUACCAGUUAAACAUAUCAAAAGUAAACACAAAUCAACUAAGAAACCAAACACUAAAAAAUGCAAAAGAAAGAAGCCUUGUCGUAAGAAGCUAAUUCAAUUGCGUAGCGUAUCGCCGAAUCCCACAAAUUUUCUAAUCAAAGUGCUGCAGAAUAAACAGAUCAUUUGCAGUGGAGCAUUGAUAACAACAAAGCUUGCGCUGAGCUCUUCAAACUGUUUCUCUAAGAAUCCUUCUCCCUCACAAUUUCAACUGCAGGACACCAAUAAAGGAUUACAUGCUGUAGAUCAAAUUGUGCUUAGCUCUUCCUACGAUCUAGCCGCCUUGCUGUUAACUAACCAUUUAAAAGACAGCUCAAUUCAACCCUUAAAACUUUGCCAGCAAGCAAUCGAAGCCAAGCAAAAUGUCAGCUUAUAUAUGACUAAAGUGCGAUCGAACUUUUUACGUACUCAAAUCGUGGAAAAUGCAGUGUGUAAACAGAGUUUUAUGCAAAACGAAUUCGUUUUCAUUACGAGCAACAUGUUUUGUGCUCAGAAUUCAAAUGUGGCCGCAGAUUGCGAAAAAACUCUUAAAGGAGAUCCUCUAUUGCACAAUGGACAGCUGUGUGGCAUCAAUGUGUAUGGACCAAGUUGUAUUGAGAACGCCCCAAAUGGCGAUCUCUAUGCGAACAUUUUUAAGGCACGCGACUUUAUCGAAGACGUCAAACGAAGUGUAGCUGAAACUUAAGUGGAUGUAAUCAAUCAGCCGGCAACAAAACUAAUAUUAUAAUAAUAGUAAAUUUAUUUCGAGAGGAUGAAGCAAUCAACCCUUGAAAAUAAAGGAAGCAAGGACAGCAAAAAGGUGUUACCCUUGGCUUCGAAAUCUAUCUACCACCAACAGCAAUAGCGUCAUCAACAUCAACAGCAGCAGGAGAAGAGCCGCCGGGCCGCAUUUGCCAUUGGUGUUGGUGUUGGCUUUGCGCUAAAAUAUACAGUUUUGUCAUGAAAUAUGCACAUGUCCUUGCAACUAGGACGAACCGCCAACGAGCAGCCAACAGCCAACAGACAGCAACAAGCAACAUGCAACAUGCAACAAAAACAAUAUACAUAUGUAUAUGUUCAACAUAAAUAAAUUAAAAUUUGCAAAAAGCAACAACAA